UAGAAAUAGAAUUAAGGUGGGAAAAGCCUGUUUUUAUUAUCAAUGAAAGCAGCUGUUGGUGACGUUGAAAUUUGUAGCCACAGAUGUCACGGUUUUCUGUUUUACUUUCAGUUCAAUGCAGUCGGUGUUUUUCGUUAAUAUUUUCACUUGUAGUUGUAUGAGAGCUUAAAUUACGUACUAUCAGUUAGUAUUACUGUCUCAUGAAGAUAAACUCGUCUGUAUUAUUACUGUUAUGAUAGUAAUACUACUACUAGUAAUAUUGAUAAAACUUAAAAUUGUGUCGUCGGUACUUUUCUAAAUGUUAUAAUUUCAUGCUUGUUGCAAUAUAUCGAAAGCAAGUCUUACUAUAGUACAUUGUACAGUCUUUAGUAUAGAUUUGUUUCAUUGCAUAUUAAGUAUUGCUAGUAAUAUUAGCUUCUUAAUUCCCUAAAUAACUUAAUAAGUAAGGUUGAAAUUGUGUACAGCUCUAGUUUUGUGCAUGUAACUUGUAAGAAUUAAUUAAAAAUAAAGUGUAUAGUUUAAGUAAAAUUUUCUCCACUGUAGUAAACUGUGAAGUAGGAGACUUAGUAAAACCUAAUCUGAAAGAUAAAUUAUCGCAAGUUUGCAUAUUGAGUUUUGAAUUUUAAUAUUUGUUAUCAUGAUUAGUCUGUCUUUGCUUACUGCUGCUAGUGUUAGUUUUAGUUCUGUAAAAACUAAAGACAGAACUUCAAGCUUACAAAAAUUAAGCUUUCUGAAACAGUGCAGUUCUACAAAAUGCUCUGGUGUAUGUGUUAAGACCAGAACGUUUAGGCCUGUUAAUUAUAAGGUUUCUUGUAUCCUGGAUGAAAGGCUGCUUAUUUAUUGGCUAGGAAUUAAAAAUUUGUUUUCUUUUCUUUGGAACUGGGUUUUAACUACUAUAUGGACAUUAUUGUUGCAGCCGAGUUUCCUCCUACACAAUUGUUGUCAGCUUAGUUUCAAGAAAGCUAUGUUACAGAUUAUGUUGAUCAUGAAUGUUUUAAAUGUAACAUCUGCAGCAGAUGUUAAGAUUUCUUCAUUAGAAGAUGUGUCAAGACUUGCUAGUUUCCUGUUCUCAAAAAACUACCAUGUCAUUGAAGAGACAGUGAGUAGUGAUGUAAUUCAAGACUUACCCACGUCUGGUCAAGUUAAACUUCAGAAACAAUUUCAAGCACUGGUGAAAAAUUUGGAAAGUAACAGAAUUGAUAUGAAAAAUGUGAAUUGUUCGGCAUUUCCAGAUUUGUUGUUGCCAAAUAAAGAAAACUUCUGUCAACAGGAUAAUAACAUGCAGUGUUUGUCAGCCCUCGAUAUGUUACAUUUUGUACCAAACACCUCAACUGACCUUGGAGAUGUUGUCUCUCAGAUUUGUCCUUUAAUGCUUGCUAAUCUUCAUGAAAAGAAGUGUCAUGAUGGCCUUGUAAAAUCUAUUCAGACCAUUCAGAAGAAAAGCAAACCAUCAACUGGAGCAGUGUGGGGAUUUGGAAUCCUUUUCGUUACCCUCAUUAGUUGUUGCUCUUUGGUUGGUGUUAUUUUGCUGCCAUUACUGAACAAGAAUGUAUACCAAACAUUGUUGAUGUUGUUUGAAGGAUUAGCCGUGGGUAGUUUGCUGGGAAGUGCUGUCUUCCACUUGAUUCCUCAGGCUUUCAAUUUGCUUGGUGAAAACAAUGAACAUGAUUACUUGUGGAAAUCAAUCAUAAUAUUUGGUGGAAUCUACCUUUUCUUCUUGAGUGAACGAUUUAUGAAGAUCAUCAUACAGGUGAAAAAGCAAAAAAAGCAGGAUUCAGAACAGCCUGUAACAUCUAAACUGUUGUCUUCAAACACAUCGGGAGCUUCAAGUACUUGUUGCAGUGUUGCAGUGUCACCAACCUCAGAAGGUGCCUGUGUGUGCUCAAACGGUUCGGCUGGAGAUAAUUCAGAAACUGAGACCAGCUUAACCAGAGUUACUAAUAGUCUUGAUAUCACUAGGAAACCACAGAGCAAUAUGGAAGAGACAAAAGAAAUACAGUUUUCAUUCAAAAAAGAACCAUGGACAAUAAGGAGUCAUCAAACUGGUCAUCAUCAUGAAGAACAGAUUUCCUUUAAGCAAGGUCAUGACAGUGCUAUUGGUACUGUGGCCUGGAUGAUCAUCUUUGGUGAUGGACUUCACAACUUUAUAGAUGGCUUGUCUGUUGGAGCAGCUUUUUCAGAGAGUAUACUAGCUGGAAUUAGUAUAUCUGUGGCAGUUGUUUGUGAAGAGUUUCCUCAUGAACUUGGGGACUUUGCUGUACUUCUAAAUGCUGGAAUGACCAUGCGUCAGGCUUUAAUGUACAACUUCCUUUCAGCCUGUACCUGUUAUAUUGGGCUUGUCUUUGGCAUUCUUGUAGGAGACCUGGCAGAAGGAAGUUCAUACAUUUUUGCCCUAGCUGGAGGAAUGUUUCUGUACAUUUCUUUAGUGGACAUGAUGGGAGAGCUAAAUGAGGCAGCUGAAGCAGCCACCCAAGAAGGACUGAAAAUAACACUGAGAGUUUUGUUCUUGCAGAACUUGGGUAUUAUCAUUGGCAUCGUGGUUUUGUUUGUGAUGGCUAGAUACAGUGAAAUGAUCAACUUUGAUGCUGCUGGAGAUCUAAAUGAGAUUAAGAUACAGGUGUAGAGUAAAUCUGUUAGUGGAGACCUGCCUUCAUAAGAAUGUAGGGAAGUCAACAUGGUGUGUAGUGUUUUGCAGGAAAGACUUGUUCCAGUUGGUAAAGACAAGGGACUUCCAUUUCAGCUAGACUAAUAGUCUUGAAGCUUUCUUUAAAGUGGUCUGUAAUUUUUUCAAGGGAAGUUCACAUGCAUGUCCUGAGUGAGCCAAGUAUUCAUUCUAGGUUGAUUUCAACUGGUGGAACGUAUUUUAUCUGCAUUACAUUACCUGUUAUGUUGUAUUUUAUUUCACCAUCAAAGUUUUGGUUACCCAUAACUCUUUUUAUUUUGAGGUUUUUUAGGAUUAUAUUUUAUGAAUUAUAGUUGUUAUGUGUAAGCUCUAAUCCUAAGAGCAAAUCAGUCAUUGUGCAUUAAUUUAGUCAAAUUUUGGUCUUAUUUAAUUUUUUUAUUUCAUAAUAAAUUUUCUUAGUGAGAUUUUUUAUGUGUGUACAUGAAGUGAUCAAAGCAUUUUAGAACAUUAAAGCUGCAUGAACAACACCUAUUGUUUUCUGUUAGCAAGGUUGUAUAACUAUUACAAAAUGUUUUGUGAUAGUUAGAUAGAAAAAAUAAGAUGAUACUGAGAAGUAUGUUUAUUUUCAUAAGAUAUUGAACAUACUAAGUUUGUUAUUGAAUCUAGUACAGUAUGAUGUAAUGGUAACUAAUGAUAUAAGAUGAUACUGAGAAGUAUGUUUACUUUCGUAAGGUAUUGAACAUGCUAAGUUUGUUAUUGAAUCUAGUACAGUAUGAUGUAAUGGUAACUAAUGAUAUAAGAUGAUAAU